AUGACAAGAUUAGAUAAUUCACAAUUUCUAAAACAAGUUGAAACUUUAACACAAUCAAAUAAUGGUAAAUCAUCAAUAUAUCUAACUCAAAAAAGAUUAUCACCAUCAUUAUCAUCAAUAACAACAACCACAACUGCAGAAGAUGAAAGUAUAAAUGAUUUACCAACAAAUGUAAUCACCCCAACUCCGAAAACUACCACCACCACCACUACAAUUAAUAAUGAUUCGAAAUAUCCUUUAUUGAUUAGAUUAUCAAUGAAUUCAAGUGAUAAUAAAAUCAAGACCAAGACCAAAACCAAAACUGACAGUAAAGUCCAAAAGAAGAAGGAAAGAGUUAAAAUAUCAACGGUGGUAGAAUUAGAUCAAUUGAAUGAAUUUUGGGAUCAAUAUAUUCAAAUAUUAAAAUCUGGAUUUUAUUGGAUUGAAAAAGAAGAAAGAUAA